CACCUUUGGGGGGGGCGGUCACGUGAUGUGCUGCACCGGAAGGAGAAUGGCGGCGCCGGCGCUGGGCGCGCUGCUGCUGCUGCUGGGGGCGGCGGCGGUCGGCGGACGGGAGAUAUCAAUGCAGUACAACCCCGGUUGGAACGGCUCCUCAGUUUCCUCGGUCAACGUUCUGCACGUGCGGGCGGUGGGGCGCAGCGACUCGCUGCACUACGUGUGGAGCAGCAUCGGGGCCCCCUCAGUGCUGCUGGUGGCCACAAGCAGCCCCAGCAGCGCUCUGUCCAUCGACUGGAGCCGCCUGCUGUCCCCUGCGCCCGCCGGCGCCGUGUGGAUCGAGCCGCCCGGCAGCGUGGUGCAUGCAGCUGCUGUUGUCUUCACCAAGCUGUUUGAGUACAGCAAGGCCGAUGCCUCGGAGGCGGUUUUCUACCCCUCCUACGAUCUGUCGGACUUCUCCUGGGACAGCAUCAACCGCACCGUGAACCACACGGCGCUGACGGCCGAACUUCGGGGCGUCCCCAACUCCGAUCCCGGCGGCAGCUUCUCCAACGGCAGCCUGGCGUUCCGGGUGACGGCUUAUGGAAGCGGCGGGCGCGACGGAGCGCCGCCCGGCCUCCUGCACACGGCCAACAGCUCCAAGGUGGAAUUCGUCCUGGCCGGGGCGGCCCCGCGGGGCAACGGCUCGCGCUUUGUGCUGGAGGUGACCGCGGUGCAGGAGAGAGGGGCGGCAUCCAGGCUGCGCUCGGCGCGCUCCAUCGACGACGAAUACACCCCCACCAUCUUCGAGACGCUCUCGCUGGUGGCGGAGUCCCGGAACGGCAGCUCUGCGCUCAGCUUCCUGCAAUGGAAGGCGACGGCGUACGGCUCACGGCACCCAACGCGUGCGGACGGCAUCCAGUGCCACGCCGGAGGGCUGCGUGCUGCCAGCGACCCCCGGCUCCGCUCCGCCGUCGUCCGCGCCUACUUUGGGGACGGAGCGGGCGGCGCCUACAGCGUCAGCGCCAUCAACGUCUCCUUCGGCGGCGAGGACGGCGGCGCUUACGAGGAGAAGCGCUACCUGAGCUGGUCUGCGCUGCUGGGCUUCGGGCCGCCACCCGAGGACGCUUUUUCUCCCCUCAUCAUCUCCAUCGCGGCCACAGCGCUGGGCGCCCCGCUGCUUCUGCUCCUGCUGGGCGCUGCCGCGUUGCUCUGUGCCAGGAGGAGACGCUACAGCGAAUACGAACCCAUCAACUGAGCUGCCGCUCGGCCCGGGGAGCGAAGGAGCGAUCGGAGCUGCUGCCGUCUUCACUUCUGGGGGCAGCGGGCGGCCGCCCCCCCCUCGUGCUGCCGUGCCGCGCUCUGUGCUGCUGCCUGCGCCGAGGGCGGUGCUUCCUUUCUUUCUGAUGCACGCUGCCAGGGGCUGAGAUCCCCGGCAUCCUCCUCCUCUGGGGGCACCUCGUGCUGAAGGCUGCCGCUACGAGAGUCGGCUCAGGACUGUCCUCCUGCUGGAGCCAUCGGGAGACCCCGGCUGACAGCAGGAGCUGCCGCCCUUCCACUUUUGCAGCGAUGGUUGGUGGCAGUGCUGCCUCACCUCCGUGUCCUCAACCACUGACUCGUCUUUGACCAAAUAAAACGGAUUCCUUUUA